UGUCACAUACACCUGGGCAACAUCUACAGGGAAAUGCAUCAUGGAAUGUCAUUGCUCACCAAGACGACUGGGAAGCUGAUAAGGCAGUUGAUGGAAAUACAAAUCAGACAUACCAACCAUCAUGUGCUAUUGCUCAAUAUGCUAAAUACUACAAAACAGUAUGGUGGAAAGUAUGGUUACAAAGAACAUUUAAUAUAGCGUAUCUGGAAAUAUUUGAGAUCUGGCACAACAGAUAGGGAAACUGGUUAUUCUAUUUAUAUAUAUGACGACAUAUUGUUUGUUCCUCCCUCCGGGAACACAGGGAGAGAAGUUUAUCAUCAUUACCCCAUGUCAGGCUGUCUAAACUCGAUUCAGAACAUAACUGUGAAUAAAUUGGCACAAGGAGUAGCCUUUUUUAACGAAAGACCUAAUGGAUUUAUGUCAAACUGUGGGGAAAAAUUUAGGACAUCUGUAGAAAUAUGCGAAGUGAGAGUAAUGGGUUGUGAACAAAAUAAAUACAGUUUUGGAUGUAGUGACGAAUGCAGUUCUAAGUGUAAAGACAAACAUUGUGAUGUUUUUAACGGAUCGUGCAUUUAUGGCUGUUCUGAUCCAAGUGAUGUAUCUCUUAGUUGUGGUGCUUGCGAUAAGGGGACUUAUGAUUUCAACGGACGAUGUGAACCAUGUGGACAUUGUAAAGAAGACAAAAAAUGUGACAAAGAAACAGGAAGAUGUUUUUCUGGCUGUAAGGAAAACUGGAAAGAGGAUAUUUGUGAAGAAUGCGUUGAUGGUUACUAUGACCAGAAUUGCAGUACCGAGUGUGGGUAUUGCCGUGAGGGAUUUUGUGACAAGUACAACGGAAGUUGUUUAUCUGGUUGUAAACUAAACUGGAAAGAACCAUUAUGUCAAGAAUGCAUGGACGGAUUUUAUGACCAGAAUUGCAGCACCCAAUGUGGAAAUUGUCGCGAAGGAUUUUGUAGCAAGAAAGACGGAAGUUGUUUGAAAGGCUGCAAAACAAACUGGAAAGAACCCCUAUGUGAAGACAACGGAUUUACCGAUGGCUUCAUGAACGUUUCGCUGCAAACUGUGUCAUUCAGCAUGAUGCAUCAUGGCGUUAUGGUGUGGGGAGCAAUCAAUCAAAAUUUCAAGUCAUCUUGGAUUAUUUUGAGGGACACUCUAACAUCCAGGCGCUAUAUUGAUAAGGUACUACGUCCGGAACUUCUUCCACUGAUCCGACGUCAUCAGACUGUCAAUAAUCCAUUGACGUUUCAGCAAGACAACGCACGUUCACACACAGCCCGCAUAACUAUGGACUUUCUAAACGUUAAUAGAGUUAACAUCUUAGAAUUUCCAGCUAGAUCUCCCGUCCUUAAUCCCAUCGAACACGUGUGGGACGAGCUGGGAAGACGGUUAAAAAGACGUCAACGCCAACCCGCAAGCGUGCCAGAUUUAGCACAGGCUCUACAGGAAGAGUGA